AUGGAUCGAAUCGAACGCCGCCGCUCCACCCGACGACUCGCGAAGUUCGACGGACAUCCGCGCCUCCCCGCAGCCCGCACCACCGCCCUCACCGAUGUCGCCGUGCCGACCUCCCUCGCCGAGCCCCUACUGCGUCCCCCCGCGCCUCCACCUCGGCGUCCCUGUAGCCGAAGUCCACCGCGCCUGCCGCUUGUCGCAACACCAGCAGCCGCGACGCCUGACACCGUUGCCCUGAGCUCCGUAGUGCCUCAUCUGCAACCCGCCAGUUCGCAAUCCAAUCGGUCAUCGCCACAACCUGCCCCUUUCGUGUCGACCAGCAAUCCACCUGUUGCUCGCGACCUCGCCAUCCGAGUCCCCACUCGGCUGACGAUCUGUCGUCACGACGACUCUACCCGAGAUCCGCCGCUCCGGCUCACGACCCCACCACCGACGCCCAGAGCACCACCGGAGUCCGACGCCACCGUGCUGUCUCCCUCUUGCCGCCGUUUGCUCGCAGCAGUUGCCGGACCCCCUUAG